CGGCCGGGGGAAGCCGCGGGGCCGGUCAUGCGGCUGCGGGGCCCGCGGCCCGGAGCGUCCGCCCAGCCCUGAGCGAGGCCCCGCAGGGCGCCCCCCGCCACUAAGGAUGAGUCACUGCAGCAGCCGCGCCUUGACCCUGCUGAGCAGCGUGUUUGGCGCGUGUGGGCUGCUCCUGGUGGGCAUCGCAGUCAGCACUGACUACUGGCUGUACAUGGAAGAGGGAACAGUGUUGCCACAGAACCAGACCACGGAGGUCAAGAUGGCUCUGCACGCCGGCCUCUGGCGAGUCUGUUUCUUUGCAGGUCGGGAGAAGGGUCGCUGCGUGGCCUCAGAAUAUUUCCUUGAACCGGAGAUCAACUUGGUGACGGAAAACACAGAGAAUAUUCUGAAGACAGUGCGCACAGCCACUCCCUUCCCCAUGGUCAGUCUCUUCCUCGUGUUCACGGCUUUCGUGAUCAGCAACAUCGGCCACAUCCGCCCACAGAGGACCAUUCUGGCCUUCGUUUCUGGCAUCUUCUUCAUUCUCUCGGGCCUCUCCUUGGUGGUGGGCUUGGUUCUUUACAUCUCCAGCAUCAAUGACGAAGUCAUGAACAGGCCCAGCAGUUCCGAGCAGUAUUUUCAUUAUCGCUACGGGUGGUCUUUUGCCUUCGCUGCUUCCUCCUUUCUACUCAAAGAGGGGGCUGGCGUGAUGUCCGUGUACCUGUUCACCAAACGUUACGCGGAGGAGGAGAUGUACCGCCCGCACCCGGCCUUCUACCGCCCGCGUCUCAGCGACUGCUCCGACUACUCGGGCCAGUUUCUGCAGCCCGAGGCGUGGCGCCGAGGCCGCAGCCCCUCCGACAUCUCCAGCGACGUGUCCAUCCAGAUGACUCAGAACUACCCUCCCGCCAUCAAGUACCCCGACCACCUGCACAUCUCCACUUCGCCCUGCUGA